AUGGCACCUGUCACUGAGACCGUCCUUGCCCCAAUGUCGGAUGAAAAGAUUCCCGCCGACUACAGCGGUGACUCCGGCCAGAAGCUCAAGGAUCUUUUCACGACCAUCGUGGCCCAAGAUGGCUGCCAGCAACUUUUCUGGGGUCCCCAGGUGGAAAACCCAGGGACAUUGUGCCUCUUCGUCGACUGGGCCAGCGUGGACCACCACAAGAAAUUCAUUGCUUCAGAGGCCUACAAGCCGUUCGUGGAGGCGUUUACGGGGCUCCUGACCGGCUCCAUGAGCAUGUACCAUGUUGGUUUCGAUCCACACCCACCGACGCCUACGCUUGUCGGCAGCACUCCCCAGGUCACCGAGUUCAUCACGGCUUACUUUCCCAAGGACUAUUCCGCCGAGAAUCAAAGGACCUUCCAUGAAAUAAUGCUUGCCUUUGGAGAUGUCGUUUCCAAGACAGCCAAAGGAUUCAAGGCUUCGCGCGGCGGAUUUGUCAGGGAGGAAGUCACCGAUCCAAAGUCCUCCGAGCCGUGCUUGGGCUAUGUGACCCUCAUCGGCUGGGAGAGCGUGCAAGCUCACUUGGACUACAGAGAGACUCAGGCUUUCAAGGACAACAUCGUCUCUAUGAGAGAAGCAAAGGAUUUGCGGAACGUUACAGUCUUCCACGUAGAUGCGAAGCAGUUCUGA